UUUCGAUGACCGGAGAAGUUUGCAAUCCUGAUUGUUUUCAUUGCGUCCGAAGGGCAAUUGGCAAGUUGUUUGUUAGAGUCCGAGUGAACCCUGAUGGCAAACCCACUCCGAGCAGAAGUAAAGCAGCUCUUCAAAACUUUGCUGUUUCUUGGACGGGAGUAUCCAAAAGGAGCCGACUAUUUCAGGGAGAGACUGAGGGCUGCUUUUGCCAAGAAUAAAGACGUGCGAGACCCAGAGAAGAUCAAACAGCUCAUCAGCCGAGGAGAAUUUGUGGUGAAAGAGCUAGAAGCGCUGUAUUACCUCCGCAAGUACAGAGCCUUGAAGAAACGCUAUUAUGAAGCAGAGUGAAUCAAGCCAAAUCGGUCUUAAAGAGAUAGAGUCCAAACAUGAACAUUCUGUCAACUCAACCUUGACUUGUUCCAAACCGGUUCUGUGGAACAAGAUACUUUAAAGAAUGUUGGAAACGUGUAACCAUUGACUUCCAUUGUAGGGAAAGCACAUAUGAUAGAAGUGAAUGGUUACAGGUUUCCAAUGUCUUUUGUGUCCAACAGAACAAAGAACUCAAACUGGUUUGGAGCAAGUCAAGGGUCAGAAAGUUAUCCUUCUGGACAAAAUGGAGGUUUCAAAUUCUGAAUGUUUCACGAAAACAUUUGUGCACAUUUAACAACAAAAUCAGGCAAAACAUGUAGUGAUUUUUUUAUUUCAAAGUCAAAACAAAUACGAGUUUCGCUAUUGCUAACAGUGUUUGUGGCCACUGCUAUGAUAGCGUCUGUCUGUUUUUAAAGAAAAUGUAUACAUAAAUUGUUGACUUGGCAGUGGUUUACGCUGGUUAAGUGGGACGAUAUGACAUUUAAAAAGCGUUAGUUAACACUUAAAUUAAGACUGUUUAAAACACGACCAACUGUGAGGUAGAUAUCAGUCCUGAAACUGAGCGCUCAAGAAAAACCACCGCACUCCGAUACAUCCGCUCUGCAGAUCGGACAAGUGGCAUUUUCCUGGAAGAGAAGAUGAAUGAGAUCAGUAAAAUGUAGUGAAACUUUGAAACCUUUAUGAAGCUUGUUUUGAAUUAGUGGUUCAGAGCAGUUUUCAAAUCCGUAAGGUCAUGUGAUUUCAGUAAACAGGGCUGCACGAUACUGGCAACAUGAUAUGCAUUGUUGUUGAGUGUUGCGAUAGUGAUAUAACUAAACUUAGCAAUUUAUGUAAUGAGCAUACUUAUGUAAUAGAUCAUACUAAAAUAAACAGGUAAUAUGUUUUUGAUCUAAAUAAAACUGACAAUGUGAAAAUAUUUAAACCUCAACACCAUUAAUGACAAACCGUGUGUAAUUUGAUUCCUAUUGGCUGUUGUCAUUUUCCAGCCUCCAGAAUUAGUAUUUAUUUUUAGCUCUAGGUUCAUGUAACGGCACCUACUGGAGAGGUGGGAAUAAACCUAUUAAAGGCCCCAUCUGAUUGAUCAAAUUUGAAGAAACAACCAAAGAAAAAUAAAAUAAUUCAUAAUCACGAUGAUAUAUUUUAUUAUAUACUGUCAGCCCUAGUCAUUUGAUUUUCCAUUGGAGGGCAAUGUGGGUUAAUGGGGUAUAUGCACACAGACUUUUAAUUUCAGUCUGCCAGCCCCAGGGCUUUCAGUUAAUAGUCAUCCCACACAAAAUCACAGCGUUUAAAAUGUGAUUUCUUAAAAAAAAAAAAAGCAAUCUUCACUGCUCGGCUGAGAAAUGAUAUAAAGUGAGUCUCAGACCAAACAAGAAGCUCUGCAUUGAAUGAUGUCUUUAAAAUAGAAUUAAUUUUACGCAGUAUUUUCAAUGGAAUUUCUUUAGUCUCUUUAUGCUUUAACAACCAAAUGGAUGUUCAAGUCUGUUUAACGGAUUAUAUUUGAAUUAAAUUACAGCAUCAAUACUGGAUUAGAAACCUUAUGAAAUUGAAAAUAGUCACAUUAAGCUUUCUCCGGAAGUUUAUCGGUGGCUGAAAAACACAAGCUGUGCAUAUAGCUCAUUCAGAUGGGCCACACAGUUGUUGAUCACAGAACAGGUUUCAUUGUUUUUAAUGGUCUCGGAUCAGUUUAACUAGUUUGUACACAUUUUGAGGCAUUUGUAAAAUUAAAAAGAUUUGUUAAAAGUCUCUUGUUGUAGCGAAUGGAACAAACAAUAGAAGCCAUGAAGAUAUAUAAAAGAACACAUUAUGCAGACACUUAAUGCUAUUAGAUGAGCUGAGUGCACUGACAGGUCAUACGUUCAAUGUAAGAUAUUUGGGGAAAAUGUUUUAACAGCGGGUGUGGUCUUUCGCAAGCUUUGAAACUAAAUAAUUUUGUAAAGCAAAUGUUUAACCGUUUCAAAGCUUCAAUGGUAAAAACACUGAGAACUGAUAUUAGUAAAGCAGUCAGACCUUUAACCAGCGGUCGAUGCACUUGACGUGGUAAUCAUGGAGACAUGGCAGCAUCCGGAGCCGUUCACCCGCUUUAUACUCGCUGAAACAGAUCUGGCAGCUGCAGAGAGAGUGAGAGGAUGAUUAAAAUACUGCAUUGUGGGAAAUGUCUCUUUGUGACAUCCUGUUGUUUGACUUACUCCGUCUUUCCUGCGCUGUGUGUGGGAUCGUAUGUUUUGAUGGGCAGCCGCUCGAUCUCAGCCUUGCUCAGAGUGUUUUUGGCCAUUACAGCACCCUGCUGCUCCUCAAACGCUAACAGAGCCUGAUAAAGCAAUAUUACACGUGAGGAAACAUGGUUUUACGGUAAGUCAUGUGAUUUGUGUGCAUCCGCAUAUCUCAGACCUCAUAAUUAUUUCCCUGGCUGUCAUUAAACAAGUCCAUCUGCAGGUGAGCAGCAGGUCUGUGGCGGGAAGCUCGAGUUCGGCCUGGUUGACGUCGGCCCUGUUGUCUGCCUGUCCAAUCAAAGGAAAAUUAAAUGAAACUUUCAAAUA